CAGUGUGCAUGCACCAAGCUUAUGGCUAACCCGUUGCUGCUCCUCUCUCUCGCGUCCAUCUUCUCAUGCAUUUCUCUGGCCGCCGCUGCGCGCGCCUUCUUCGUCUUCGGUGACUCUCUCGUCGACAACGGCAACAACAACUACUUGGCGACCACCGCGCGUGCCGACGCCCCGCCUUACGGCAUCGACACGCCGAGCCACAGACCGACGGGGAGGUUUUCGAAUGGGCUCAACAUACCUGACGUGAUCAGUGAAAAACUUGGAUCCGAGGCCACGUUGCCUUAUCUCAGCCCUGAGCUGCAAGGGGAGAAGCUACUUGUUGGUGCCAACUUUGCUUCUGCAGGGAUUGGAAUCCUCAAUGACACUGGCAUUCAAUUCGUGGAUAUAAUUAGAAUUAACAGGCAGUUGGAGUAUUUCCAGGAAUACCAGCAGAAGUUAAGCGGUUUGGUGGGACGAGCUCAGGCGCAGAGAUUAGUGAACGGGGCGCUAGUCCUCAUCACUCUCGGAGGCAAUGACUUCGUUAACAACUAUUAUUUGAUCCCUUACUCUCUGAGAUCUCGCCAGUUCUCUCUCCCGGACUACGUUCAAUAUUUAAUAUUCGAGUACAAGAAAAUCCUCACGAGAUUGUAUGAGCUGGGAGCUCGUCGGAUUCUUGUGACGGGGACGGGGCCGCUGGGGUGCGUCCCGGCGGAGCUUGCUCUUAGACGGAGCCGUAACGGGCGGUGCGACCCGGAGCUGCAAAGAGCGGCGGACUUGUUCAACCCGCAACUGGUGCAGACACUGGCCGAGCUCAACGGUCAGUUUGGCUCGGACCCGUUCUUGUCGGCCAAUGCGUUCCAGAUGCACAUGAACUACGUCUACAACCCGGAGGCGUUCGGGUUCAGGACGUCCAAGGUGGCGUGCUGUGGGCAGGGGCCGUACAACGGGCUCGGCCUCUGCACCAGGGCGUCGAACCUGUGCCAGAACAGGGAGGACUACGCGUUCUGGGACCCGUUCCAUCCGUCGGAGAAGGCGUGCAGGAUCGUGGUGGAGCAGAUCAUGACGGGCUCGGUGGAGUACAUGAAGCCGUGGAACUUGAGCACCGUCUUAGCCAUGGACGCGGCGCUUUAGGUGGAGCUUGCAUCUGAUUGUUUUCUUCUUCCAGAUCAUCUGAAGCUGCUGAAGCAGAGUUAAACAUAAUCACGACAAAAAUAAUAGUAUGAAAUGAUAAUUAUAAAUUAAUUCCAAUCGAUAGAUAAAGAUUUAUGAUGCUCGACGUUAUGACAAUCAAAGUUAAUUAGUAUUAUUGUUGAGAUUGUGAAACACUAUUGCUAUAUUUAUCAUUGUAUCUUUCGUGUAUUA